ACCCUUCCUUAAACCUUAUAGGAACAGAGACUCACAGCCACUCUCGCGUCUCUCUAUCGGUCUCCAUAUCUCACUUCUCUCUGUUACUGUGAUUCAUCGAAUUGAAGCUUACACACUGCAAUGGCGGGGAUGGUACCUCCAGGUACAGCCGUGCUAGGCGAGGCUUCUGCUGCUGCAUCGGCCAAGAAUAUCAAUGAAGUUGGGAAGAAAGUCGAUUACAUGAACCUUCCUUGCCCUAUUCCCUAUGAAGAACUCCAUCGCGAAGCUCUUAUGUCUUUAAAGCCAGAGUUUUUUGAGGGUAUGCGCUUUGAUUUUACCAAGGGACUCAAUCAGAAAUUCUCUCUCAGCCACAGUGUGUUUAUGGGACCUAUGGAACUUCCUUCUCAAUCUGCUGAAACUAUCAAAAUCCCUACCGCCCACUAUGAGUUUGGUGCUAACUUUAUAGACCCUAAGUUAAUGCUUUUUGGGAGGGUGUUGACGGAUGGGAGACUAAAUGCUAGAGUGAAGUGUGAUUUGACUGAGGAUCUCACUUUGAAGGCCAAUGCUCAGCUUACGAAUGAGCCCCAUAUGUCACAUGCCAUGUUCAACUUUGAUUAUAAGGGUAAAGACUAUAGGACCCAGCUUCAACUAGGAAAUGGGGCCUUAUUUGGAGCCAGUUACAUUCAGAGUGUGACCCCACAUUUGUCUUUGGGUGGUGAAGUAUUUUGGGCUGGUCAACAUAGAAAGUCUGGUCUUGGAUAUGCUGUUCGAUAUGAGACAGAUAAGAUGGUUGCAACAGGGCAAGUUGCUAGCACUGGAAUGGUUGCUUUGAGCUAUGUUCAGAAGGUUUCUGAGAAGGUUUCACUAGCGACAGACUUCAUGUACAACUACAUGUCAAGAGAUGUGACAGCAAGUGUUGGUUAUGAUUACAUCCUUAGACAAGCCCGUCUAAGAGGAAAGAUUGAUUCCAAUGGCUGUGCAGCGGCCUUCUUGGAGGAGCGUUUAAAUAUGGGUCUCAAUUUUAUUCUUUCCGCUGAGUUAGAUCAUAAGAAGAAAGACUACAAAUUUGGAUUUGGGUUGACAGUUGGGUAAUUGAAUUGAAGGGUGUAUCAUCAAAUCUUACACAAGGGCGAGUUUUCUAGGUCAACUUCGUUUGGUCUGAAGGUCAAGGGACUCUUUGUACUGUUUUGAGCAAACAUUAUUUGUGGGGCAGUUGCAGCUGCUGCCAACAGUUUUAGCUUCAGUAUUCAUUGAAUUGGUAGUUAUCAUCAGAGCUGUCUCUUUAUUUCCAUUUUAGAGGUGUACAAUUUUAUGUCAAUGAAAAGUAGGGAUGCAGAUGCUUGUUACAAUAAGGUUUUCAUUGAAUAUAAUUGAUGCUUUAUUCUUGA